UAACUUCGGAUAUCGAUCUAAAGGCACUUUGCUACAUUUAUAGUAGUUUACGGGAUACCCGUGUUCUGCUUAUCACGUUUAAUUUUUUUUAAUAUUGCACGUUUUAUAAUUUUAUUCCUAUUUUAUAUAAAUUAAGUUAUAUUCUAAAACUGCCGUCACAUUAUAAGUUUUAUAUUCAAUGUACACAAAGUACCCCACCCAUUUAUACUCGUACGUGCCAAAAGCUUGUAAGAUGCAAAUACUUGCAUUUAUCGUGUUUAAUAUUUUCAGUGUUGUGAAUGGUGCAGCAGCUUUGAAAACAUAUGAAGCAAAUCCAGAUACAAAACGACUUUAUGAUGAUUUAUUAUCUAAUUAUAAUAGACUUAUUCGACCAGUCAUUAAUAACACUGAAACUCUGACAGUAUGGCUGGGAUUAAAACUAUCACAACUAAUCGAGAUGAACUUGAAAAAUCAAGUGAUGACAACUAAUGUCUGGGUAGAGCAGAAAUGGUUUGACUACAAAUUACAGUGGGAUCCAGAAGAAUAUGGUGGCGUUGAAAUGUUAUAUGUGCCUUCUGAAAAUAUAUGGCUUCCAGACAUUGUUUUAUAUAAUAAUGCUGAUGGAAAUUAUGAAGUAACACUUAUGACAAAAGCUACACUAAAAUAUACAGGUGAAGUGUCUUGGAAACCACCAGCCAUUUACAAGUCAUCCUGUGAAAUUAAUGUUGAAUAUUUUCCCUUUGAUGAACAAUCCUGUAUAAUGAAAUUUGGUUCAUGGACUUAUAAUGGAAUUCAGGUUGAUCUAAAGCAUAUGGCACAAGAAUCUGGUAGCAAUUUGGUAAAAAUUGGUAUAGAUCUGACUGAUUUUUAUUUAUCAGUUGAAUGGGAUAUUCUUGAAGUUCCUGCAGCUCGUAAUGAAGAAUACUACCCUUGUUGCUCUGAACCAUAUUCUGAUAUUACUUUCAAUAUUACAAUGAGAAGGAAAACUUUGUUUUAUACUGUAAAUCUUAUAAUUCCAUGUGUGGGUAUUACUUUUCUUACGGUAUUGGUUUUUUAUCUUCCAAGUGAUUCUGGUGAAAAAGUCUCAUUAUGUUCUUCCAUUCUUUUAUCUUUGACUGUAUUCUUUUUACUAUUAGCUGAGAUAAUUCCACCAACAUCAUUAGCUAUACCACUUCUUGGAAAAUAUUUAUUAUUUACAAUGAUAUUGGUAACUUUAUCUAUUUGGAUCACUGUGUGUGUUCUAAAUGUCCAUUUUAGAUCUCCUUCAACACACAAUAUGUCACCUUGGGUAAGACAAGUAUUUUUAAAUUGGAUGCCAAGAAUUUUAAUGAUGCGUAGAACACCAUAUUCUACACCUGAAUAUGAUGAUACAUACAUCGAUAAUGGAUACACUAAUGAAAUUGAUUCUAGCGUGAGUGAUUAUCCUUUAGAACUGAAAGGUACAGAUGGAUUUGAAAAUGUUACAUCCACAUACAAAAAUAUAAGAGAGGACGAUGCUCGACAUAUACCUCAUGCAUCUGUUACUGACAGUGAAAAUACUAUGCCCAGACAUUUGUCUGCAGAUGUGAUAUCAGCAUUAAAAGGAGUUCGUUUUAUUGCACAACAUAUAAAAGAUGCAGAUAAAGAUAAUGAAGUAAUAGAAGACUGGAAAUUUGUAGCUAUGGUUUUAGAUAGAUUCUUUUUAUGGAUAUUUACAUUUGCAUGUAUUGGAGGUACACUUGGCAUUAUAUUUCAAGCUCCCAGCUUAUAUGAUACAAGAGAACCUGUGGACCAACGACUUUCUGGAAUAUCAUUACGUAAUUAUAUGUAUCCGCCCAAGGAAGAUGGUUCAUCACCCGAUGAGUAAAUUCUGAGACAAUUUCAUUAUUAACAUAAGACCCAAUACGAAGACAUAUUAACUGCAUAAUCAAUCUUUAUUCUAAAGAUAAACAUCAAUUUAUAAAUAUUUUAAAUUGAAUAAUUUAAUUACUUCUGAUAAAACCAAAUCAAUUUAUAAAAGGUUUGCAAUACACUAAAAUAUGCAUAAUUGUAAAUCUUUAUUAGUAAUUAAUAGUUGAAAAACAGAUACAAAGCGAAUGCGCAUGUACACAUAUCAUAUAUACAUACAUGUAUGUAUGUAGGUAUGUGUGUGUGUGAUUACAUACGUAAAUAAUGAAAAAACAAGUUUCCGUAUAUGUAUUAAUUAAUACACUUCUUGCUUUUGAUGUAAAUAAAUAGUUUACAUGUUACAUAUUAUUGUAAUAAGAUUUGAGAUCAUCCAUUAAAGGAAAUCUUUACUUA